UGCCGGCCCCGCCCGUUCCCGCCCGCCCCCGCCCUUCCGCCGGCCCGGGAGGCGGAGCCGGGGCGGGAGCGGCGGCGCGGCGCGGAGCAGGUGGGGCCGGAGCCGCGCGGGGCCCCCGGCCGCGCAGGUCUCCGGGCAGGGGUCACCGCUGCGGAGCCCCCGCCCUGCCCAGGGCAGGACCUGCUGCUGCAGGAUGGCGAGGUGGCUCCCUCGCUCUGCCGACCUGACCCGCUUCUGCCAGAAACUCAACCGCGUGAAGACUUUGGAGGACGACAUGAUGGAAACAUCCUUCAACAGGUGCCUUUCCACCAUCGACUUGACACUGCUGGGCAUCGGGGGCAUGGUGGGCUCCGGGCUGUAUGUCCUCACAGGCACCGUGGCCAAGGAGAUCGCUGGCCCCGCUGUAAUAGUCUCCUUCAUCAUAGCUGGCUUUGCCUCGCUCCUGGCUGCUCUCUGCUACGCCGAGUUUGGAGCCAGGGUACCCAAGACAGGCUCUGCCUACAUGUUCACCUACGUGUCCGUGGGUGAGAUCUGGGCCUUCCUCAUCGGCUGGAACGUGCUGCUGGAGUACAUGAUCGGGGGAGCCGCGGUGGCCAGGGCCUGGAGCGGCUACCUGGACUCCAUCUUCAACCACAAGAUAAAGAACUUCACCGAGACCCACGUGGGCACCUGGCAGGUGCCGUUCCUGGCCCGCUACCCCGACUUUCUGGCAGCCGCCAUCCUGCUGGUAGCCACUGCCUUCAUCUCCUUCGGCGCCAAAGUGUCCUCCUGGCUCAACCACGUCUUCUCAGCCAUCAGCAUGGGCGUCAUCCUCUUCAUUCUCAUCAUGGGCUUCGUCCUCGCCCAGCCCAAGAACUGGAGCUCCCAGGAGGGCGGCUUUGCCCCGUACGGGCUGUCAGGCAUCAUGGCCGGCACAGCCACCUGCUUCUACGCCUUCGUGGGCUUCGACGUCAUCGCGGCCUCCAGUGAAGAGGCCAGGAACCCACAGCAGGCUGUCCCCAGGGCCAUCGCUUUCUCCUUGGGGCUGGCCACCGGGGCCUACAUCCUGGUGUCGGUGGUGCUGACGCUGAUGGUGCCCUGGCACACAUUGGACCCCGACUCUGCCCUGGCAGACGCGUUUUACAGGAGGGGCUACGCCUGGGCAGGGUUCCUGGUGGCCACUGGCUCCAUCUGCGCGAUGAACACCGUCCUGCUGAGCAACCUCUUCUCCCUGCCGCGCAUCGUCUACGCCAUGGCCGAGGACGGGCUCUUCUUCCAAGUCUUCUCCCGAGUGCAUCCUCGCACGCAGGUGCCCGUUGUUGGCAUUGUGGUCUUCGGGCUGCUCAUGGCCCUGUUGGCUCUUGUCUUUGACCUGGAGGCCCUAGUGCAGUUCCUGUCCAUCGGCACGCUGCUGGCCUACACCUUUGUGGCUGCUAGCAUCAUCGUCCUGCGAUUCCAGCAGCAGAAGGCAGAUGCCCCUGCGCCAGCAGCCGGUGGCCGUCCCAGCCCCGAGCCCCGCGAGGGUCCAUCUGCUGGCGAGCUGAAGGAGUACGAGUCCUUCUCCGACAAGCUGCAGCUGGUGGACAGGGACAAGAGCAAGGAGCACCGGGAGCCAGGGCAGCUGAAGGCAGCUUUCGAGCCCUACCUGGAGUUCCUCAGUGACUUCUGCCCAGGCGAAGUGGUCACAGUGGCCGUGGUGACCCUGAUGGUAUCUGCCAUCUGCCUCUGCUCCAUCUUGGUGUUUGGCAACACCCACCUCCACCUGCCUACCUGGAGCUACUCCCUGCUGUUGGUCCUUUUCAGCCUGGGCUUCCUGCUCAGCCUCCUGCUCAUCUGGGCGCAUGAGCAGCAGCGUGGCACACGGACCUUCCAGAUCCCCCUGGUGCCCCUCUCCCCAGCACUGAGUAUCAUCCUCAAUAUCUAUCUGAUGCUGAAGCUCAGCUACAUGACGUGGCUCCGCUUCGCCGUCUGGCUGCUCUUGGGUUUACUCGUCUACUUCGGCUACGGCAUCUGGCACAGCAAGGAGAACCUGCGGGAGCCGCGGCCCCAGCGCGUCACCGCCCGGUACGUGGUGUUCCCCAGCGGCAGCCUGGAGGAGAGGGUGCAGGCGGUGCAGCCCAGCCCCCAGGCCCCCGCCGGGCUGCCGGACACCGACAGCGAGGACUGCAAGAGAUGAUACCCAAGGGACGGGGGCACCUGGUGAUGGGAGCAUCUGACCCCCCGCAUGGUGAGGCCAGAGACCCCCUCUCCUUCGCCCGUUCCUUCAGCAGCAGAGCCACCAGGGCUGCCCUGGGCUUGUGGCUCCAUCUGGAGAUGUUGAGGGUGCUCGUCCUUCCCCACCAGCUCCCCGCAGAGCACGGGGGGGGCUGGCUUGCCCCCCUCCCCAUCCCCAGCGCUCAGGAACUGGGGCUCAGCCCACUGCCUGCCCUGCUCACCAGGAGCCGCAUCCUUCCCCUGCGCACACCCUGGCGCCAGGCAGCAGAUCUUUCUGCACAUCCGGGGAUGCAGAGUUGUGCACAGGGAUGCAGAGGGUCCCCUGAGACCGGAGCAGGUAGCCCAGCGCUGCCCAUCCUGGGUCUCAUCCUGGCUGCAGUGUGGGAUCUCAUGGAGCCCCCUGCCUCCUGCUGAGCCCUUCCUGUGGGAGGAGGCAGGGCCAAAUGCGCUUCCGCACCAGGGCCGCUCUCCUAAAAUGCUGGGAAUGAGGGGACCGAGGAGCGGCUGGGCAGGGACCCCGGGAACACUGGUGCGGCUGCCACGGCAGAAGCCCAGCUGCACCUUCCCAGCCGCUGGCAUUGGCUGUUUCAGGGUGGCUGGGGCCGGGCUCGGCUGGAAGGUGCUGCUGUGGUCCUGCCUGGGCCAGGCUCUUGCCCCAGCCCUGUGCUGGAUGUGGGUGAUCAGGAGCCCAGGUUUGUUGCGUUGUCCCCGAGGUCCCCAGCAGCAUCCCUGGGCUGGGCUGCCUGGGGCUGACUCCCCCUUCCCCAGCAGCACAGCCCGCACUGCUGUCCGGCCAUCAUGGGGGCUCAGCCCCCGUGCUGCAGGUGCUUGUCAGUGUUGCCCCCUCCCCAGCAACCGUUUCUGGAGCUCACCCAGGCUGCCGUGCUGUCCUGGGGGUCCCCAGCAGCACUGCUGCAGCCACCCUGGGCUGGUUUGCCCAUGAGCAGCCUAAAGUGGAAGGGAAGGGCGUUUUAGCACAUUUUGGAAAAAAUAUGUGAAGACAAGAGUCGAGCACAAGGCUGCCAAGCUGCAAGGCCUCGCAGCAUGGACACUGCGCUCCCUGCAGCCGUCCUGGACGUGCAACCUCAUCUGCAUCCUGCGAGGAGCCAGGGACCAUGGGCGAGCCGGUCCCAUUGCUUCUCACUGGCCAGUUCCUGGGGGGCCAUGGGGGUCUCUGUACGAUGUGCCAGCUCCCUGGUGACCCCUCGUGUCUGCCCACUCUGUUCCACGUCCCACCCCCGCGCUGCCGCUGCUGCCAGCGGAGCUGCGUGUCCCCCCCGUGCUGUGGCCCCGCUUGGCACCUCUGUGUAGUGGCUUGUGAGCAACGGGCUGACGCGUUCACCCUCAUAAAUGCUGGUUCUGUGGUGGCUUUGGUUUUUUGUGCUGUGUUUUCCCCCACAAGAGCCCACGUGGGGAAACUGCUUGGGAAAGCCCCUGAAAGCCUGGGGACAGUUGUGCCACCCGCUGCCACCUGGCAGCUCUGCGCCCCUGGCACAGGUGUCACGAACACAGGGAUGGGCUCCGGCCAGACCCGUGGACCCCCAAGGGCUGGGGCAGCUGUGCAAGGGCAGCGUGGAACCUGAGAUUUACAGAUCCAUAAAUACAACUGUGUUCAGCCAGACGGGCCUGGACCCCUUUGUCAGCAGCGAGGCUGAUGCUGAGCCGCGCAGGACGGGAUCGCUGGAGCUGCCGAGGGUUACAAGG